UAGCGCCCCCGCUAAGCAUGGCAGGGCCCCUAAACCCUGGCCAUCACACCUCCGUCAUUUUUAAAUUGCUGAGCCUCGCCGGUAAGCUGGCCUCGACGGCUGUUUCUCCCCUUUCCCAUCCCCAUGAAUCCCCUGAGCUUUGAACAUCCGCGAUGUUACUAUCCAACUUGAAAUCGUCGCGCUAUGGGCGUUUUGCAGCCCUAACGAUUCCGGUGUUUGUGUUGCUUUGCCUGCUGGCCUUCACGUGGGACCCACUGCCGGGGCCUUUGCCCCGUCAGCCGACACCGCAAGCAACUCCCGAGUCUGCUCCAGCACCCAAGGUCGUCGACUCCCCCAAAGAAGCCUCCCAUAACACCAUCCCAACAACCCGACCAGUGAUUUCGGCACCCGCCGGCGAUGUGGUGGUGGGUGGGGCAAUUUCCGGCAUCACCGACAAAAUCUGGCAAUCCGCCAAGAACCCCCAUCUGAGCGACGACCAACACGACUGGAUCGACACCUGGUUCGCAAAGAACCCAUCCUUCCGCUAUGAACUCCUGACCGAUGCCUCGGCCGUGACCUUUGUUCGAACUCACUAUGCCAUGCGACCCGACAUCAUCGAGGUCUUUGAGACCCUGCCGAUCCCGAUCCUGCGGGCCGAUCUCCUUCGCUACCUGCUGGUACUCGCCGAAGGCGGCAUCUGGAGUGAUCUGGACGUGACCUGCGACAAGCCCGUGGCCGAGUGGGUUCCGGCGGAAUACAAAGACGACAAGAUUGAGAUGAUCGUGGGCUUGGAAUUCGACUUUGAAUGGCGCGGGGAGGGAACCCCGAUUGCGUCACAGUUCUGCAAUUGGGUCUUUGCCGCCCCGCCCUCGUCACGUGUUCUCCAGGUGGUCGUCGACGCUGUCGUGGCCAAGAUCAAGGAGAUUGCCGCGUUGAAUCGUGUGCAGAUCAAAGACUUGACCCUGGAGAUGCUGCCCAUCGAUGUGGUCGAUGUGACCGGGCCCAAGAUCAUGACCAUCGCGGUGCUCGAGAGCCUUCGUCAGUUGCUGGGUCGGACGGUGGAUGAUCGCGAUUUCCACGCCAUCAAGAAGCCGAAGCUAAUCGGCGAUGUCCUCAUCAUGCCGGGGGUGUCUUUCGCAGCAGCUCAGAGCGGUUAUCCUCAAGACCAAGGCGAUGCGCUGGUUACGCAUCACUAUGCAGGCUCGUGGAAGGAAGCCGAUGCUGAGGCGAAAGAGAAAAAGAAGCAGAAGCAGAAUGGAGGACAGGGCGUAUGAAGCAUGGAUGUAAUUGGAUUUACCCGGAUUGGCGUUUUGAACAUUUGGGACGAUUGUAUGGCAUAUACUAUUGUUGGUGACCAUAGCGAUGCUUUGUAUAUGAAGUUCUGAUUUGCGACAUGUUGUUUGUUAGGAAAUAUCUGGGAUAGCAAAUAAUGAGAGGAGCUUUCACCAAAUCGACAAAACUGAUUACUCCAUUUGGAGAUACCUGUACCUAACUUGGAGGACCAGAUUAUAUUACAUGGUCAGCCUUAAUUGACAU